AUGUCUGCACCAGACUUUUACGUCGUGGCACGUGUUGUGGGAAGACCUGGUGCUAUCGAGCCUUGGAAAGAACGACUCGUUCCCCUUUGUGAGGUCUCUGCCACAGAACCACUAGGCCACACGUACUAUUGGGGUCAAGAUCUCGAUGGAGAACCUGAUACAUUAUGGGGUCUCGAAGGGUAUUCUCACGCUGUGGGGUUCUUCAUGGGUCAUCCAGCAUCGGAUAUUUUCAAGCGAGAAAUGGCGUUGGUUGAUAAAGACCAACUCCUUAAGCAUGAACAGGGACUCGCAAGCAGAGACUAUGAUUUGUACCACUAUGACAAUGCGGGCGGCUGGUACACGAAAGAUGAGGAUCCAGAGAAACACUCCAAAACAAGCCAUGUUGUGGUUCAUCACUUUUUUGCGCAGGCAGGGAAACGAGAAAAUGUAAUUCGAUUACUCGGCGGAUUUGCAGAAAUAUCUAAAACAGUGAUUGGGGUUCAGAGUUGUGGUGUACUGAGAGAAUGCAAUGAUAAGUCUUUGGUGACUCUUUGGGUUCGCACAACUUCUGGAGAAGAAUUUGAGAAGUUCACAUCAUCGGAAUUAUAUAGGGAAGUUGUUCAGAAACAGCUAGCUCCUGGUGACUUUCUUGUUUCUAAGACUGAACUUCACAGUUCAAGAGCCUUCAUUGGACAUAUUGAUAACAAGAAAUCAUAA